AUGUCGAACGUCUCUGUCUUUCCCGGUGUGUUCAACUCGAGCAUCACCCCCGCCGGUCUCCCCUGGGACACGUACAACUACUGCAAUGCGCCGCACGUCAAGGCCAAGCACUACACCGCGGCGCCCGAGGCGAAGAACGCCACGCUCGUCUACGUGAGCGUUGUGCAGCGCCACCACAAGCGCACGCCCGACAACCUGUACCCGAACGAGAACGCACUCAACCCCACAUCGGGCUGGGACUGCUCCAACUACCAGCAGGUUUCGUACGGCGUUGGUGCGGGUGAUGCUGCUGGUGCACAGGGGCAUGCUAUGUACCGCAAGAUCCAGAACCCUACGUGGCACCCUCUGCGCUCGCUGCUGUGGAACGGCACGUGCGAUGCCGGUAUGCUCAGCGCCGACGGUCUGCGCGACUCGAUCCAGCACGGCAAGGACUUCUACUCGGUCUACGGUCCGCAGGGCAAGAACCCGCUGCUUCGCCGCGGUGUGAAUGAGGAGGAUGUGUACAUCCGCACGAGCAACAGCGAUCGCACUUACCAGGUCGCAGGCGGCUUGCUUGCAGGUAUGGGUGUGCAAGGUGACAAGUUCCCCGUCCACACCAUGCCCAGCAACCUGGACGAUAUCGUGCCCAACUACUCGUGCGCUUACGCCGACACCCAGCGCAGCGCCGCCAACGCUCACCCCACCUGGACCAGCCAUCUUGCGGGUCAGGCUGACCUGUUCAAGCAGCUCAACGCCGUCGUGGGUACCGCCAACAGCAGCGGAUGGAACAGCUGGAUCGACCACCACUUUGAUGCCAUGGCCUCGCGUCAGUGCCACGGCCACCCGCUUCCCACCAACACCUCUACGGGCACCACGAUCUCGCAGGACCUCGCCAACAAGGCCUAUGCAGAGGGCCACUGGGAGUACGACUGGAUCUGGAACUCGUCCCCCUCCGCCGACGCCUACGUUCGCUACGGCUUCGGCGUCUUCACCCAAGAACUCGCCCGUAACUUGCACAUGCUUAAGGACGGAAAGGACCACCGAAAGCUCAAGUACUACAUCGGUCACGAUGGCACCAUGGUCCGACUGUACAAGACGCUCGCGCUGGAUGGUGCAUUCAAGUGGCCAGCCCUGGGGUCGGAAGUCGUGUUCGAGGUGUACAAGACUACCCAGGGCAUGUACGUGCGUGUGCUCAAGGACGCCAAACCCAUCAAGACCACCGCCAAGGACAUCGCCGACAGCAACGGCUACAUCUCUUGGACGCCCAUCGAAAAGCUCGCCGCCUACCUCGACGCACGUGUCCCCUCGGACCUCUUUGCAAAGUGCGUCGCCGGCAAGUAA